AUGCCUUUAAGACGUUGCGACGUGCACGGCUGCUCCCAGUCCGCUGCCCGCCGAAAUGGGGGCUGUCCGAUAUGUUCCAGGAAUCAUUGUGGCGCCCAUAUCAAGUCAGAUUCUCAUCAAUGUCUUUCCAAGGCAAGGCUGGUCUAUUCUUUGAGUUGGGAUGCCCAUCCGGAUGGCUACCGUGAAGAAUGUGUGGCCUCCCAGCGUGUCCACAUCUCAAAGACUCUGGAUCAACUUGAUAUCGAUGCCUUGACCUCAUUGGCAAGCUCCCUCCGCGGCGGUGUCCCCUGCUCAAUACCCGCCCUCGCGGCCGACAAGGAGACCGUAUUGAGACUCCUGGUCCAGCACAUAGUCGACAUGGAUUUCCAUUUUGACAUUAAUUUUCGGGAUGGUGUAGUGUGGGAUGCGCGUAUACGGCUGCCGAAUGAUGCGCUUCCACCCCUUCCCGUGCAAAAACACAUCUUCUUGAGCGAAAUGUUCACGCUGAAAUUCCUCGAAAAGACCGCCGUCCCCGCACCGCGUGUCUACCAUUAUGGCUGGAUCGAUGCAACAGACAACCCUGUCGGCGUGUCCUUCGUUCUUCUCGAGAAGAUGGGCGGCCGAAAACUACAAUGGGACAAGGCGAACAAGACCACUCAGACAAAGAUCCUUGAGCAGCUGGCUGAUAUCUCCUUGGAGCUAGAACGUCAUGAUUUUGAAAUGACCGGGUCCAUCGUCCCGUCUGACGACGGAGUUGUGCAGAUCGGCGGAUACGCGAUGUUGCCUUUAUUCCGCGACUCUCGAACGCCAAUUGGUCCGUUCUCCAGCCUCAGCGCGUCAUUGAGGGCGAUCAUAUAUUUACAGCUAGACAUGAUCAUGGAUGGCGAAUUCUCAAACCUGCCCAUUGGCCAUUUUCUCUCCUAUCUUUGGCGCCUGAACAUGAUCCCGGACCUGGUCGCCUCCAUCAACAGCAAGGAAGGGGGGCCCUUCUACCUGAAACGCUUCUGCGAAAGGGACGACCACAUCCUGGUUGACGACGACGGAAACAUUACUGCCAUUAUGGGCUGGGCUUCGUCCUCGGUCAAACCAAAGGAAUACGCUUUUAGCUCCCCGUCUAUGCUCUGGCCCACCACCGCGUUUGUCAAUGGCGACAACACUUUGUCCCCCGCUGAGCUUGAGUUCGCAGAGAUCUACCGCCGUCGUGGCAGGGAUGAUAUGGCUGAGAUAGUCCUGGAUGGCCGCAAGUUGCAGCGAUUUCUCUACUCUUUGGGAGAUAGUUGGACGGACGACGAGGAUGAGUUUGAAGCUUUGUUUUUGGGGCUGCGCAAGGCGUUUAUCCGUGAAGGGGAUGAGGUCGCGGCCAAGGCGUUGCAGGAACCGUUUGAGUACUGGAAGAAAAAGAGUAUUCCUAUGUAUUCAGUUCAGUAUCCGCAACUGCAGCUUCUUUUCUGA